CCUGCUUCAUGGAUGCAACUGCGGUACCACUACUACCAUCUGAAUCUUCUCAGGAAUUCUUCUUGGCACCGGAGGAAGACCUUUCUGCUUCUGGUGGACCAACUAAACCUCUGACCAUCAAGAUAGCAAGUUCCGGCGACGGUGAACCGGGUAACAAAUCUUCCCCUAUUUCUCCUACAGAUUUGCUUAUAACUCCACCCAAUCCCAUUAAGAAGAGCUCAAUUAAUGAAUCAUCACCAUAUGAUUCUCCUCUCAUCUCCCCACCCUCAUCUGCCUUCGUUUCGGCUCUGCAGUCGCCUUACAUAUCUCCAAGGGCUUUGGUCUCACCACCUCCAGAGAACCCGACGCCUCCCUUAACGCAUCCAUCUCCACCGUUCUCCUACUGUGGUUCCCUUUCUGAUGAUAUCCCCAGCACUUCCUACACACCCCCACCGGAAAGAUUCGAUUUUUCCGAUGGCCCAACUGACCAGAAGCUCAAGUUUGUGACCUCUGUUCCAGUUUCUGAACCGGCGGCACCCCCACGAAUCUCAUUCUCCUUCCCCGUACCCCGUAUUUCCUUUGCUAAAAGCUCUGUUUCUCCCUCCUCCAAUGCAAAACUACGGAGCUGUGAUGUUUACAUAGGCUUCCAUGGCCAUGAUUCUAAUCUCUCACGCUUCUGUAAGUGGCUUAAAUCAGAGCUUGAGCUCCAAGGAAUUGCUUCUUUUGUUGCUGACAGAGCCAAGUACUCUGAUACUCAGAGCCACGAGAUUGCUGAUAGAAUUAUUUGCUCUGCAACUUUUGGUGUUGUGAUUGUCACGGGUUCAAGCCUUCUCAAUCAUCUGACAAUCGAGGAGAUUAGAUUCUUUGCCCAGAAGAAGAACCUGAUCCCCUUGAUGUUUGAAACGGACCCUACAGAGAUCAUUGGCCUUCUCAAUCGCACUUGUGAUGCCAAGGACUGGAAAGAAGUAAUGGACAGCUUGAUGAAGUCCCAUGAAUACAAGCUGGAAGCCAAUGAGAGUAACUGGAGAAGCUGUAUAUCUACAGCUUCUGGAGUUUUAAGAACAAAGCUUGGGAGGAAGAGUAUCGCGGAGAAGGAGAUCCAAGGUUUUGAAGAGUUACCUUUCCCGAGAAACAGACAAUUUGUGGGAAGAGAGAAGGAGCUGAUGGACAUCGAGGCUGCUUUCUUUGGAUGUGGGGAUUGUGUUGAGCAUGAACCUUCUUCAGUCAAAGGAGGACCCGAGGGGAUUUUGGAAGGAUUCGGAGGGGAUGAGGAGACCGAAACUGUAAGAACCAGACGGGGGCGAUAUAUUAAUUUGGAGAUGAGAAAGUGUAGGGAGCCUACUUUAGAGGCUUGGAUUGAGCCAGGAAUUGGAAGAAGCCCCUCGUCAAAGAGGCCGAAACAGAAGAAAUCAAGGGGCGGGAACAACAAGAGUCUCAGUAAUGUGAUGUGUAUAAAUGGGGUUUCAGGUGUGGGAAAGACCGAGCUUGCACUUGAAUUUGCUUACAGGUAUUCACAGAGAUACAAGAUGGUUCUAUGGAUAGGUGGAGAAUCUCGGUAUUUUAGGCAGAAUAUCUUGAACUUGUCCCUCAAUUUGGGGUUAGAUGUGAGUGCAGAACCAGAUAAAGAACGGGGGAGGAUCCGAAACUUUGAGGAGCAAGAGUUUGAUGCAUUCCAGAGAGUAAAGAGAGAGUUGUUUAGGGACAUGCCAUACUUGCUGAUCAUUGAUAAUCUCGAGUCCGAGAACGAAUGGUGGGAAGGGAAGGAUCUACAUGACUUGAUACCCAGGCGGAACACUGGAGCAUCCCAUGUGAUUUUCACAACCCGGCUAUCUAAGGUGAUGAAUUUUGAUCCAUUGCAGCUUCAACCAUUGCCCUUGCCUGAUGCAAUGUUUUUGGUCAUAGGGAAGAGGAAGAAGGAUUACCCAACUAAUGAAGUAGAGUUUCUUGGCAAAUUCAUUGAGAGAUUGGGAAGGUCAAGCUAUGGACUCUGGUUAAUUGGGUCAAUGCUCUCCGAGCUUGCAAUUUCUCCAUCUGCUCUCUUUGAAGCUGUGGACCAAUUCUCUCUGGAUGAAGGUUCUUCAUGUUCAUUAUCCGCCGCAGGGGAUGAGGAGCAAUUCUAUAAAAAUAAUCCUUUCCUGAUGAAAAUUCUGGCAUUUUGCUUGGCUGUCUUAGACGAAACCAAUGGGGAAAAGAACCUCCUUGCCUCAAGAAUGCUCCUUGCUGGUGCUUGGUUUGCCCCAGCUCCUAUUUCAGUAAACCUACUUGCCGCUGCAGCCAAGAAGAUACCUGUCACUGGAAACGGGUUCCAGCAGUGGAAAAGACGUCUCAGAUUGGGAUUCUGUUGCUUGUGUAGCUGCUGCUGUUUGGUGCCUCGAACUCGAAGGAGUGAAGCGGAUUCAGCUCUUCUUUUGGUGAAACUAGGCCUAGCGAGAAGAACAAAUAGACAGCCUGGUUGUUGGAUCCAGUUCCACCCAAUCACCCAAAUCUUUGCAAGAAGGAAAGGAGGCAUACCUGCUGCCAAGGCCACAGUUCAAGGUGUAAGAAAGAUUGGGAAUCCAGUGCUGCACUCUGACAACCUUUGGGCAUCUGCAUUUCUGGUGUUUGGAUUCAAAUCUGAGCCCCCGCUAGUCCAAUUGAAAGCAACGGAUAUGGUUCUAUUCAUCAAGAAGACAGCUCUUCCUUUAGCAAUCCGGACUUUUAUGAUGUUCUCACGGUGCAACUCUGCAUUGGAGCUUCUGAAGGUCUGUACAAACGUCCUUGAAGAGGUCGAGAAGUCCUUUGUGUCUCAGAUACAGGACCGGUGCCAUGGUUCGUUUUUUCUGAAAAAAUUACAGUCUAACCAGAAGGUUGAUGAGUAUGUUUGGCAGGAUGUGACGUUAUUGAAGGCUACAUUGCUUGAAACCAGAGCUAAAUUGCUGUUGAGAGGUGGGCAUUUUUAUAGUGGUGAAGAGCUCUGCAGGACUUGUAUUAGUAUCAGGACUGUGAUGCUUGGCCACAAUCAUGCCCAAACCUUGGCCGCUCAGGAAACUCUGGCCAGCUUGGUAAGGUCGAGGAGUAAGAUGUGAAAUUCUCUUUCUAAUUAAGAAGGGGUUUAUUUUGGUGUAGGUAAAAUCUUCACUUAUGCGGGGUUUCUUCAUUUUGUCUACCUUGCACUUGCAAUCAAAAUAUUUAGCUAUUGGAAGCAUUUCCAUCAUCUUCUUCAG